AUGAGACAUGGCUGGAAGAGCUUCGCUCUAACGGCGUGCACCCCCUUAGGCCUGCCGACGGACGGCGGCGGCUGCACCCUCAUGGCCAAGGUGGAGGUCAACGGUGGGCGGGAGGACCCGGUCUGGACCUUCCUCAAGGCUGGUGGGAAGGACGUGUCUUGGAACUUUGCCGCCUUCUUCGUCGUGGUCGGCCGGUUUAGCUCGCGGGAGCUGGACGCGUGCGGCGAAGCGCUGGCGGUGGCGGUGGCGGCGUAG